AUACAGAGCCUUCAAGCUGAAAAGAUCAGAGUGCCUCCAAAAAAAUGGGUGAAGAAAAAGAUGUCUUAUUGGAUAGAGAUAGUUGCACCCUCAACGGAGUGGACCAAGAACAAACCGAUGCGAUUCAUAACGACUCUAAUAUGGAAAUAUUAACUGAGGAAGACUCAAGGCCAUAUACUUUUUUGCAAAACUUUAAUUUCGUUGGCUUAUGUGUUCUUUAUAAUUUUUGCAUGCUUUUAAUUGUUCUGUCCAUAUACAUCUACAAACGAUGGAAUUAAAAAAGGGAUUUU